CAGGUGAUUGAGAAUACUAUCAGAAAUGUCACUGGCCUGACUCCGAGUCACCCACCCACCACAACCAGCCCCUCCAGCCACCACAGCUCCAUCCACCUCCGGUUUUUCUCCUCCAUGUCCAGGAAACCAGGUGAUACAGGAGAGCAGCACUGUCUGUGGCUGUCCGGCAGGCAUGGUAAACAGUGGCGACAACUGUACUUGCCCUGUGGGCUUCACUUUGGAAGGAGCAGCGCAGUGCAAAGAUGUUGAUGAGUGCAAAGGAGAUGGACAGGGGCCAUGUGGGCCUCAUGCCAGCUGCACGAACACUCAUGGCUCUUACUCGUGUAGCUGUCUCCGUGGGUAUCUCAUGAGUUCUGGAGAAUGCCAAGAUGUGGAUGAGUGUGCUCUGGCUGCAGUCACAGGUCUGCAGGCUUGUCAGGGCGAUGCUGAAUGCAAAAACACUCUAGGCUCCUUCACCUGUUCAUGCCCUGCGGGAUACGUAAUGGCCCCAAAUGGAAAAACCUGUGUAGAUGUGGAUGAGUGCAGCUUCGAGGAGCAGUGUCGCCGCGAGCUUGGAAAUGUGUGUGUGAACACGCCCGGGAGCUUUUUGUGCCAGUGCCAGCUGGGCUUCAGAGCAGAGGCCCCUGCCUGCAUCGGUCCUGUUUGUCCUGACUACACCGUGUGUCAAGAUGUGGAUGAAUGUAUGGAGAGCCCUGAAGUGUGCGAUGGUCAGGGUGUGUGUGAGAACACGCUGGGGAGCUACAAGUGUGUAUGUCGCGCAGGUUACCGGGGAAACGGCACACACUGUGAAGAUGAGAAUGAGUGUGCGUCAGGUGGUCACAGGUGCGACGUUAAUGCCCGCUGCGGCAACAUCAUCGGGUCGUAUUUCUGCCAGUGUUACCAGGGUUUCAAUGGAGAUGGACACUCAUGUUUUGAUGUUGAUGAAUGCAUACUGCACAAUGGCCACUGUGAACACAACUGCACCAAUGAGCCUGGAGGCUACAGCUGCCAGUGUACAGCGGGCUACAAGCUGGACCAGGACGGACACAACUGCACAGAUGUGAAUGAGUGUUCGGUGCUAAAUGGAAACUGUGAGCACAUCUGCAUCAACACUCGGGGCUCUUUCCAGUGCUCCUGCAGACCGGGCUACCAGCUGCACAUUGAUGGUCACACCUGUGUGGACAUUGAUGAAUGUAAACUCCACAACGGCGGCUGCUCCCACACAUGCACCAACGCUCCAGGAGGAUACACUUGUCACUGCCCUGCUCCUCUGUUGUUGGACGCAGACAACCUCACCUGCAGCAAUGUUACAUCUUGCAAGCUGAGAAAUGGUGGCUGUGACCAUUUGUGUAGUGUGGAUGCGGAGAGCCGCGUCCAGUGUAGCUGUCGAGCAGGCUGGACACUGGGCACAGACAUGCGGAGCUGCGUGGAUGUGAAUGAAUGUGGAGAUUUUACAAAUGGAGGCUGUGAGCAGCUCUGUGAAAAUCAUCCCGGCGGGUUCAACUGCACCUGCAAGGAGGGAUAUAAAGUGAGGACGGACGACCCCACCAAGUGCCAACCUUUGUGUGAUCCUCCGUGCCAGAACUACGGCGUCUGUGUAGCUCCAAACACUUGUGACUGUCCUCCGGGAUAUCCUGGCGUGGGCUGCUCAGCCAUAUGCUCCCCACCCUGUGCCCAUGGAGGAACAUGUAUGCGCUGGAAUGAAUGUUUGUGUCCUCCUGGCUGGACAGGAUCAGGCUGCCACACAGCUGUGUGUGAGUUGCCUUGUGCAAACAACGGUCGCUGUGUGAGUCCCGAUACCUGCCAAUGCCCCUCUGACUACACCGGUCCUCAGUGCCUCUCACCACUCUGUACUCCUGGCUGUCGAAACGGAGGAAGAUGUGUGGAUGUCAACAAAUGCACCUGUGUUGCUGGAUGGCAAGGAGCUCGAUGCCAGAUAGAGCCUGUUGAAUGUCAGAAACCCUGUAAGAAUGGCGGCGUUUGUGUGGGCCUAAACAGGUGCCAGUGUGCUAAAGGAUUUUCCGGAAGUCUCUGUGAAACUGCAGUGACCACCCCCUGCGUACCACCCUGCCAACAUGGAGCAACGUGCAGCCCUCAUAACACCUGCACCUGCCCUGAGGGCACCGCAGGCCUGCGCUGCGAGAGACUGACGUGCCCUGUAGUCACCACUGUGGUUGCGAUGGCUCGAGCAGUAAGGAAGGCAUUCAGAGAAAGCUAUGUUGACCGCUGUGGACCCCUGGGAGUUCAACUUUGCACUAAAUACAGAUUGAAUCAGGCGCGUGUAUACCUGCAGGCCUACCGGGUUGGCUACAAAAUCCAGUGUCCAGAGAAGAAGGGUUAACUUUUGUCAAAAGUUUCUUUUCAUGAAGACACUUCACCCACCAAGGAACAAAUGAGCCAAAAUUUUCAGGAAAAAAAAAAACAAGGACUGAGGAAUCAUGCGUUCUUUGACGUAUGGACCAUGAUGUGGUUGAAAUAGUAAAAGAAUUAUGUCUUUUUUACCUUACAUCAGAUUCUUUGGUGACUUGUGGAUAUUACAAAGUAAGUUUAUUUGUGACACUUUGCCAUAAUUUUUUAUGACUUCAUUUUGUUACAAUAAUAUAUUUGAUCUUGUGAAAUAUUCCUGUGUAGAAAAACUAUUUGGACGCAUAGAUUGAGAAUUAUAGAAUAUAAUCACACUGUAAAACCAAACAGCAUAUCCUAAUGAAAUAAGUAAAUGAAGUUAAUCCACAUAACAAUUGCAGACUUGAAUUUCAACAAAUUUUAUAGAACUUAUAAAUAACUGUUGUAGUUGUAACACAUCUGUUUUAAUGUGUUUUAAAGUUGUGAACCACUGUGAAAUUUUGUGUUUUGAUUCCAAUGACUCAUUUUGAUUAACAUGAAUCUUUUUUGAGCCAAAUUAUUACAAACAUAUCCAUCCACAUAGUGUUCAAACAUCUGCACCACGUACAGACUCAUGAUAUCAGUAAGGCCACCUGUUGGUGUUGUAGCGGCUUGAAUCAGUGACAAAACAAUGACAGAAUGCCUGGUUUAAACCGGGUCUGGUAUCUUUUUGUAGAGUGCAUGUUCUUCUUGUGCAUGUAUUGUAAAAUUUCAAUCUCAGGAUCUGAACAGCCACAGCGUUGUGUUCAGCAAGACUUGACUGGUUUGGAGAAGCGUUCACCACACCAGGAACCUUCCUGAGGAAGAUUAACUAAUACACAAGCACCUCAAUGUUGUUGAAGCUGCUGUCACAUGUUUCAGUCUUGGAUUUCAUUUCAUGAACAUAACGCAGCAAUACUGUUGUGAUUCCCUUU